CAGGCUGGGAGGUGCUGCCCCGGCUGUGGGACACCCGCAGUGCCAGGCUGGGAGGGCGGGGUGUGCUGCCUGCUUCUCUCUAGCCAAAGGCAGCCUCAGCCUGUAUCCCAGCCCAUCCCUCGGGAUCGCCACCGCUGCGGGAGGUGAAGCCCAGUUGGGCUGGUGCUGGGAAAGUGAGGGAGGGCUGGGACAGGGACACCCACGGCUUGGGGUGCCCGGCCCUCCCCGCCGGCUGGCACGGUGGGUUCUGCCCUGCCCUGCCCUCCCCUCCUUCCCAAAGGCGGGCGGGAGGGAGCCCUGUGCCUCCCCUCGUGACUGCGAUAAACAUUACACCGAGGCCAUUAAUGUUUAAUGAGGUUUGUCUCCCAAUUAAUGCGCUUUCCUGUGGGUGCCCCACUCCCAGAGUGAGGCGCCCGCCGGACAACACGCCGAGGCGAUGGGUGACGAGCAAGCGCCCGAGCAGGGCCUGGACAGGUUCAGCUACGGCCAGCGGUUCCACUGCGGAGGGAAGAAGAAGCCGAGACAAGGGAACGAGGAGAACCUGUAGGUGCAGAGCUGCUGUGCCACCAUGGAAGCAGAGCUCCAUCCAAAUCCUUGCCAAAGGCCACCCCUUCUCCUGCUCCAAUGGAUCCACUGCCCUGCAAGGCCAAAAUGCAAAUUACCCUCGUGCUUCUUCUCCCUCUCUUAGACCCAGCGAGAGUUUCUUGGCUAAUAAAGUUCAAGCUCAGAGAGGUUAAA